CCACCGUGAGCCGGUGGCAAACGGCCGCCGUUGCUGCUCGGGUCAGGUCAGUCGCCGCUGGGAGAGAGGCGCCGCCGCGCCCCGUCCUCCGCCACCCGAGCGAGGCGCCGCCCGUCCAGAGCCGGCGGCGGCGCAGACAGCGGACAGCGGACAGCGGACAGUCGGGCAGACAGCGGCAGAAUCGGACACAGCGGCACGGAGGGACCCAAAGACUCGGCUACAGACGGCGCAGCAUGUACAGCGUCUGCCAGCUGGCCGGCCUGACAGUUUGCCUGCUGGCGGUGGUCGCUGCCCAAACUCUGCACGCACGACCACCGCGGAUCGGCUUCCUGGCAAUGCGCGGCAAAAGGAACGCCACUUGGCCGGAGAAUGGCAGCGGCGACAGCGGCGGACCGCUGGUGGCCCGACACCGCCGCUUUACCUACCCACUGCACCGGCUCAUGAGGCUGGAUAACCUCUACGAUGAUCUGUACACACGCGCCGACCGCACGCCGUUCGGUUUCACCGGCCUUCGCGGAAAGAAGGCGCCGUCAGGCUUCGGAGGUCUGCGUGGUAAGAGGGUGUACAGCGGCUUCGGCGGGCUCAGGGGCAAGAAGGUGCCGUACGGCUUCAGCGGCAUGCGAGGAAAGAAGGUGCCCGUGGGCUUCAGCGGUAUGCGGGGGAAGAAGAUUCCGAGCGGGUUCGGCGGUAUGCGCGGAAAGAGGCCGACGGCUCGCUCCAGCGGGUCUGAAGGGAGUGAGAUGGAGAGGACCCCGGCGUCGGCCGAGCGGCGCCUCACCAGCCGACUGAUGGGGCUGGGCGGCCUCCGGAGUCAGCAGCUCGGCUCCAGCCGGCACCUGCUGCUCGCCGACGAGUGAAGGCACCGCAGAGCUACGUCGAACGGCGGUUCUCCGCCAGCUCGGCGCUUCAGUCCCGGCGACUACCGGCUCAGCGAUACGUCACCAGUCCGGCGUGACGUUACAUUUCAUCCCGUGACGUCACAAUAUCUCUGACAGCCUCCGUCGCCGUUGUGAUAUCCUGUCUAUCGGCGUUCUGAAAUUGGAUGCACGUUUGGGGAAUCACGAAUAAGCCGACGAGCAGCUUGCGUAAAAACGACGUCCGAUGAGGAACAUUUACCUGUAUCCAUGGACCAUGAAGCAAUGGCUUGGUGGCUGAAGAAGAGUUCUAUUGCAAAACUAUUUCCCCUUGAAAAGCGGCCUCCUCGCCAUGCAUGAAUGUGAAUUAGUCCGGCAGCAAUGUGUUCAAUUUGUUAUCGGUGUUAAAUUUCAUGGUUUCUGUUUGCAGAAACCUGAAUCCUGACAAUUAAUCAGGACAGACCCCUGCACGGUCCUCUUUCCAUCGAUAAGGGAAGGCACAUUUUAGUUAGGGACCAGUCAGAUGUUGACGCAUCAUCAGCCACAAUUGAAGCCAUAAAGGUGCAAUGGAGAUUUAGCUGGGUCUGGUUUGUUGUACUACUGUCACAUGUUUCUGAACCGGGCCUGAUCGUAAUCUCGUCCGCCACCGCCACCGACGUCGCCGGGGACGUCUCUCAGGCCCUCACUGUGGCACCGCAGAGGCUGGCGGUCCACUGUGAUUCUGUGAGAGACGUGAGCCUGGCAGCGGCGGGUCUGAUAGGUACCGGCGCCGCCUCUCCAACGGGGCAGCGUCGGCACAUUCCACUCGCGUUCCCCGUCCGUCGUCCGCUCGCCAGUCCGGCGGACGGACAGACAGACCCGGAGCCCGAGGCGGACAGACUGACCGGCCCGGCGCCCGAGUUCUGAUAUGAUACACGGAGAUUGACGUGGCUGAGGGGCGGAGGCAGGGAUCACGUUUACCGCCCGUACUGGCCACUCGGAGCGGACAGAUCCGCACGGCCCGGCUAUCGGGCUACGCCCUGGGGCUGGAUGAUGCCGGGCCAAAGACGGAUCCAAAUCCGGCUGAACCAAAGGCAAUUCAGCCUCAAGGUCGACGAAUAGGCUAAAUGGCACUACGUAAAAGUUCAACGUAAAACAAUAACAAAGGCGGCUACUGUUAUAUCAACACAUCAAAGCUUUGGCCAAAGAUAUCUUCAAUAACUUUCCUUGUUAGCAUAGCAUAUUGCUGAGAAUAGGCAUGCAACUGAGAUAUGCAUUACGGAGCUAUGCAAAUGGCAAGGGGAUAGAUACUGCAUGUAUGUGGUAAAAUGAUGUAAAUAACAAUUUCAACCAAUUAUGCUGUCCGCCACACCCCGACAAGUUUUUGCCUGAAACGACCAUCGGAAACUGAAAGGCCAUUCAUUCCUUUUCUACUACCGCCUGAAACUCUUUGAUUGACAUGUCCCAGCAAAUAAAAAUAUCCAGGAAAAAUAAAAUAUUAGCUUACAAACAGGUAAUGUAUUGAUGAGCAUUGUUCAGCAUUCAACUUUCAUAUGACAGUACCUAUGUCAGUGCUGCUUUAAAAAGUAGACGGAGACGCCUUGUACCGUUGAAUUUGUUACAUGUACGUCGUACAGUCACGACUGAUAACUGAUGCAACAUGUAAUUCGACAUCCUGUUGCAUAAAGAAAUGAAGGAUCUACAGCAGCUUUCACGAUGCUUCUUCGGUAGCUCGGCAGGAACCCCUGUUGUGAUUUUAGCGAAUGACUUGUUACCGCAUACGUGUUGUUGAUGUAAAACGUCGUCCUACUCUAUUUCCGCGUCAUACUGUCACGAACCGAAAGAUAGACAAGACCACUCAGCAGAGUGAUGGGCAAAGUCCCUGGCCCUCCACAUGAGUCGGCCUGUCUGUGUGUUUAUGUUUUCUGAAUGCAAAUACGUGGAUCAAUACAUCGAGGCUGGAG